CCAGAAUGGCACCCGAUGGUGCCCUGGAUGUGGAUGUGCAUGGGCCGGACAAGAAGCGUCAAAAGCUGGCAAAAUUGGCGGGGUUGGGCUUCGCCAGGGACAUGGCCGAAGUCCUCGUGGAAACGCUUGGGAUGGACCCCAUCGGGCAGUCGACCGAUGCCGCAAUCGCCAAAACAUUGUCUGAAGAAGGCUUGGUGGACUUGGCGUCAGUGAAGACCGUGGCUGGCGAGGUCGAAGUCAACGCACGGCUGGCGGAUGCGGAUUCCGAGGUGGCAAUCAAGUCGCUGAGGGCCCUCGCCCCGAACCUUAAAGCUCUCCAAGCCCUCAAGCUUGCAAAAGCAGCAUGUGCCCCGACUGCGCAGCCCGCUGACGAGUUGGGCGAGGUACCUGCCCCCAAUCCCCCAUCUCUGCAACCCUCUGGUUCCCCUUCCCGUGCCGCCCGCUUCACCGCCGACAACGAAGGGCCGAGUACGGGGGGCCCGCCCUUUUUCUGUGGUGGUGGUGGUGGUGGUGGUGCACCCCUAGGUCCUCAGGACUACUCCCUUCUCACGAUGAUGGCGCACUCGGAGACACCGCUCAACCAGCAAGCUGUACGGCUGUACGGAAAAGAAAAAAAGACAAGCAGCUCACCGCCCCAUGAGCCCCAUAAACCCUGCGGCCAAGCCAAGCUGGUCCCCUGCCGGUCUAUUCCGGGCUUGUGUACGGCUGAGCACAGCGGCUAA